AUGUCCGCCCGUCUUUCCUCUACUCCGAUCUCUAUCGUACCCUCGCCGUCUGAGCUCAAGAAUGGCCAACUGAAUCAACGCAACCUCGAGAUAGCCAUUCGCGCGCUAUCCCGUGAUGGUCUUGUUGUAAUCGAGGACCUAGUCUCUCAUGCCACACUGGACCGACUGAACGUCAAGAUGGUAGAGGAUGCGUAUGAACUACAGUCGCGGAAAGACAGCCCGUUCAAUUAUAACAAGGGAAACAUCCAGCAGGAUCCACCUAUGACUGCAGAGUGGUUCAGUGAAGAUAUCUACACAAACCGCAUCGUGACACAGGUCACAUCAACUGCUCUCGGUCCGAAGCCGUCGUUGCGAUUCAUAUCGGGCAACACUGCGCUUCCUCCAACGGAAGACUCGCCUCCAGCAUCCCAGCCGAUGCACAAUGAUGCGGACUUUGACCAUCCCUCAAUCCCAUUCGCCCUGGUCGUCAAUGUCCCAUUGGUCAAGAUGGAGGUCGAGAAUGGAUCCACUGAGAUAUGGCUUGGCACUCACAACGGUACCACGAUCGCUGACCAAGAAGGCGAACAUGGCGAUCGUGCAAGUGGCAGAAUCAAGAGCCAUAUUCUUGAAGCCCGUCGAGAAGUCCGCCCACCAACGCAGCCGACUGUGAAGAAAGGAAGCAUCAUUAUCCGAGAUCUACGUCUCUGGCAUGGUGGCAAGCCCAACUUGAGCAGCGUGCCUCGCGUGAUGCUGGCGUUCAUUCAUUUCGCGCCUUGGUACCGCAAUCAGAUGGAGGUUGAAAUCGCGGAUGAUCUGCGAGAGCAGUUUGAUUCCGAGAAGACGGGAUUGCAUGUUGCUGCGAAACAUGUGCCGGCGGAACAAUUGCUCCAGAAUUACUUGAACCGCCCAUAUGGUAACGCAUACGACUUUAACCAGACUGACAGGAUUGAAGGCGUCUUCUGA